AUGCCGAGUAUUGGAUUCAUGGCGCUGAAAGCGCGAGACGACGAUGUGCCUUUUGGCUUCGUGAGGGAGGAUAAUGAAAUCAUCCCAUGGCGCUACAGCAAACAAGCAUUCAUCGUGAAAUGGUCUAUCAUGGCAGGUGUCGUAGUGUUGAUCUUGUUAUUCCUCUUGACGAGCUGGCUCCAUCUGAGAUCGAGAGUCAAAAAGGGCCUGCCACCGCUGAGAUAUCACAGAUUCUUGGUCAGAACGCCGAGGCAGCCAGCUGCUGCUCAACAGACAAACGGAUGGGUUCCGCAGACAAACAAUCCGAUGGGUGGCUACUACAUGGGCACCACGGCUCCUCCACCGGUAUACGAUCCAGCCAAAUUUCCCAUGUACUCGGGCCAUACAGAUCCAGAAAAGGUCGAUUACGCGCGAGAGCCUACCAGACGAGAGGCCGAAGCAAACCCUGCACCAGAUUAUUAUGACAUACCUCUGGGACCGCCUCCUGCAGCUGCGACGAGAUAA